AUGACAAGUGAUAACAAAACCAUCGCAGGUGGUUCCAAGAAGCGACCAGUGUCAGGAGCAAGCGACAACAAGAACAACGACCAAAGCAGUCUAAAACAAUCUAAACUUAGCUGUCCACCUGCUGAUGACAAAACACUUGGAAACUGCAUUGAGACUAUCAAAGACGAAAAGGAAUGUUUCCAUGAACGUGUAACGGAUGAUGAAAAAGAGACCUUCAAGUAUAUGAUGAUCAAGACAUUGGGACAAAAUGAAGAUUUUUUCAAACCGACUCAAAGCAUUCUGAUGGUCGACUUGGCUCAUUUCUUGAAAACUGGAGAAACUGAAGUGAUCGUCGCAGGUACUGAGGCAACUGCAUUGCAGAGGGUGGCAAGCAUUGAGUUUGACAUUAAUGCCAGCAAGAUGGUGUACAAACGAGAUUUGACCGCAUUUGUCGAUGAGGUGAAAAAUCUCUUCGACUGGUUAGAAAAAGGGUCAAAAGUGUACAUGGCACCGUGCUUCCCACUGCUACAAUCCAGCGGAGCUGGCAAGACUAAACUGCUCCACAAGUCGCGAUGCUCCAUGGCAAAGAAUGAUCCCGAUGUCCACAUGAAACUCAUAUGCACGAACGGAAAGUCUCCUCCAGAAAUGUCGUCACAAAACGGCAGCAUUUUUUCCAAGACUUUGGACGUGAGCCAAUUUCAAGUGGACGAAGAAGGUCAAAAGAAGCUUUGGGAGAAAAUGGUGGCCUUGGUCAAGACCGAGAAGGAGAAGAAGAAGAAGGUUGUAUUUCUCUUUGACGAGUCCCAGCACCUAACCAGCAGCUGUGAUGGGUGGCAUUUCCGAUGCAUACGGUGGUGGCUCCGAUUGGUUUGCAUUUUUGUCUGCGUACCAACGACAACCAGUUUGAAAUAUGGGGGGCCCUUGUUUGGACGAUUGCAACUGAACGGAAAGUUGAAGGAUGCCCUUGGACAUAUCUUGCUUCGAAUAAGAGGUGCGGGCCAGGAGCUCUCGCUGCAGAAGUAUUAUUCUCUCUUGGCGACGCGGCUUCAAAUGGGUCAAGUGUUGUUGGAUUUUGCAUCAGAACUGGUGGCUUUGGGAUACGCACACCUGACUCACUAUUCACAAGAACAGACUGCAGUGGCCGAGAUUGCGUUUGGUAACCUGUAUGAGUACGUUGAUGGUAUCUCGCUGGGGUGCGGCAAACCCCCAUCUGUCUGGUCAGAAAAGGCCAUCAAGAUAUACUCCUCUGCAUUGUGCCGCCCCAAAAAGGGAGACGUCGGUGAGGUUGCAGCUGCCUUUUACAUGCUGGCUUGCGGGGAUGAAUUGAGGUUCGAGCACUCACGAGAUCUCACUCAGCUUUCUGUUCCACGAGAGAACUGGAUUGCAAGAAUGCAACAGAGCAAAGGUGCUAAGUUAUGCAAAAGUACAGCAAAACCAAGUGUCAAUUUCAUUCAAGUUUGUCGGAAUUAUUUACGUUACAGUUUGAAAGAGAUUGAGGAUAGCAGACUUCUCUAA